CUUAUUUCUGCGUUCCGUUCAAUUUUGAUUUCUAGUCAACAAAUUUGCUGCAGCUAUCAACGAAUUCCAUUUUUAUUUCACUCUACCUCCAGAAAAAUUCUCAUUAAAUAUUUGUUUUAAUUGUUGUUUCGAUCAAUUAUAAAUAUAAAUAAAUGAUUUCAUCAGCUGAUUUUGAAUUUGAUGAUAACGGUUCAACAAUGAAUGGACUACACGAAUCAUCAUCACCAAUCAAUCAUAAUGGAAGUAUUCAUAGUAAUUCUUCAGUACAUUCAAUGGAAGAUAGUAAGACAAAUUUAAUUGUCAACUAUCUACCACAAACAAUGACACAAGAAGAAAUACGAAGUUUAUUUUCAUCAAUCGGUGAAGUUGAAUCAUGUAAAUUGAUUCGUGAUAAAGUUACAGCAGGCCAAUCAUUAGGUUAUGGUUUUGUUAACUAUGUUCGAGCUGAUGAUGCUGAAAAAGCAAUCAACACGUUGAAUGGUUUACGAUUGCAGAACAAAACAAUUAAGGUAUCAUUUGCACGUCCAAGUAGUGAAUCAAUCAAAGGAGCUAAUCUUUAUGUAAGCGGUAUACCAAAAACAAUGACACAACAAGAAUUGGAAAGUUUAUUUGCACCAUAUGGCCGUAUUAUUACAUCAAGAAUAUUGUGUGACAAUAUUACUGAAGAUCAAUUGCUAAUAUUAGAAAAUUCAUCUUCAUCAUCAGGUCUUUCAAAAGGUGUUGGUUUUGUACGUUUUGAUCAACGAUGUGAAGCCGAAAAAGCUAUUAAACAUUUACAUAAUACAAUACCGGAAGGAUCAUCUGAACCAAUUACAGUAAAAUUUGCAAAUAAUCCAAGUACAAAUGCAAAAGCAUUAGCACCAGCAUUAGCUGCAUAUCUUUCACCACAACGUCGUUUUCCUGGACCAAUUCAUCAUCCAGCUAAUCGUUUCAGGUACUUACAUCCAUCGAUUUCACCAAUCUCAAGAUAUUCUCCACUUGCUGGUGAUAUAUUGGCCAAUCCAUUGAUUGCAGCUAAUGCAACAUUAAAUGGUGGUGCUGGUUGGUGUAUAUUUGUUUACAAUCUGGCACCAGAUACUGAAGAAUCAUUAUUAUGGCAAUUAUUUGGACCAUUUGGUGCCGUACAAAGUGUCAAAAUUAUUCGUGAUUUACAAUCGAACAAAUGUAAAGGAUUUGGAUUUGUAACAAUGACCAAUUAUGAUGAAGCAUUAGUUGCUAUACAAAGUUUAAAUGGAUAUACAUUGGGAAAUCGUGUAUUACAAGUUUCAUUUAAAACAAACAAAUGUAAAGCUGCAUAAAAGACAAAAAUGACAAAGAUGAUCUUUGCUUCAAGAAAGUAAA